AUGGCCACUUCUCACCACGGGACUGCGGGAGUACAAACCCCACUACUAGAUGACGUCGUAGAGGGUGCCGUCGACUACAAAGGCCGCCCAGUACACAGAUCCAGAUCUGGCGGCUGGCGUUCCGCGUGGUUUAUAAUAGGGGUGGAGGUUGCGGAGAGGUUCGCAUACUAUGGAAUCAGCUGCAACCUCAUCACCUUUCUGACGGGGCCUUUGGGGCAGUCCACGGCCACGGCCGCUGAGAAUGUCAACAUUUGGUCCGGAACGGCGUCGUUGCUUCCUUUGUUGGGAGCCUUUGUGGCUGAUUCUUUUCUUGGACGCUACCGCACUAUUGUUUUUGCUUCUCUGCUCUAUAUUUUGGGACUUGGCUUGUUGACCCUGUCAGCCGUGCUUCCUUCUCUCACUGGUUCUGACUGCCAAAAUAUCAAUCAAUCCACAUCAUGUUCUUCUCAGUUUCAAGUAUUGUUCUUCUUCUUCUCUCUGUAUCUGGUAGCUGUUGCGCAAGGUGGACACAAGCCUUGCGUUCAGGCUUUCGGAGCUGAUCAAUUUGAUGCGUCAGAUCCAGAGGAGUGCAAAGCCAAAAGCUCAUUCUUUAAUUGGUGGUAUUUUAGCUUAUGUUUUGGUACCACAUUUACACUUAUACUAUUGACCUACAUACAGGACAACCUGAGUUGGGGUCUGGGUUUUGGAAUUCCUUGUAUUGCGAUGGUCCUUGCACUGUUUAUUUUCUUGCUCGGAACUAGAACUUACCGGUAUAGUAUCAAAGGCGACGAGGAAAGCCCAUUUGUAAGAAUUGGAAGGGUGUUUGUCACUGCAUUAAGGAACUGGCGAACUACUCCUUCAGCAAUAACUUCUGAAGAGGAAUCCCGCGGAACCUUGCCUCACGAAAGUUCUGAACAAUUCAAGUUCCUGAACAAAGCAUUGCUUGCACCGGAUGAUUUGAAGGAAAACAGAAAGGUGUGUACUGUCGCUGAGGUUGAAGAAGCAAAAUCUGUUCUUAGGCUUUUUCCAAUAUGGGUUACAUGCUUGGCAUAUGCGGUUGUGUUUGCACAGUAUUCAACUUUCUUCACUAAGCAAGGUGCCACCAUGGACAGAACAAUUGCACCGGGCCUUGAUAUACCAGCCGCUUCACUUCAGACUUUCAUCAGCAUUACCAUUGUCAUCUUCGUUCCCAUUUAUGAUCGCAUUUUUGUUCCAAUAGCUAGAGUUUUCACCAGGAAACCUUCGGGAAUUACAAUGCUGCAAAGAAUUGGGAUUGGUAUGUUUAUAUCUAUUAUUUCCAUGGUAGUUGCAGCUCUAGUUGAGAUGAAAAGGCUCAAAACUGCCAAAGAUUAUGGUCUGCUUGAUAUGCCAAGUGCCACGGUUCCAAUGAGUAUUUGGUGGUUGGUUCCUCAGUACUUGUUGGCCGGAUUGGCCGAUGUUUUCACAAUGGUUGGUCUGCAAGAGUUUUUUUAUGAUCAGGUGCCAAAUGAAUUAAAGAGUAUCGGACUUGCCCUCUACCUCAGUAUUUUUGGUGUGGGAAGCUUUCUGAGCAGCUUUCUUAUCUCCGCCAUUGAUGACGCAACCACUUGGGCAGGGGAAACUAGCUGGUUUUCCACUAAUCUCAACCGUGCACAUCUGGAUUACUUCUAUUGGCUACUUGGUGGAAUCAGUGUAGUAGAAUUGGCUAUCUACUUGUAUUUUGCAAAAUCUUACAUUUAUAAUAGGGCAGGUACAGUAUAA